GCGCAUGCGCCGCAGCGCGGCGGGUCCACACAGAUGCGGAGAUUCGCGACUCCCGCGCCCCGCGGUCUCUGGCGGAGCUGCCGCUGAGCCUCUGUGACUGUGCCCGCGCUGUCCAUAAAGUUUGAGAGAGAAGAUCUGAUCACCUGGAAUUAGUGUCGGUACAGAAAUCAUUUCAACUCCAAAAAUGUUGGAGGAAGAUAUGGAAGUGGCCAUCAAGAUGGUGGUUGUAGGGAAUGGAGCAGUUGGAAAAUCAAGUAUGAUUCAGCGAUACUGCAAAGGCAUUUUUACAAAAGACUACAAGAAAACCAUUGGAGUUGACUUUUUGGAGCGACAGAUUCAAGUUAAUGAUGAAGAUGUCAGACUAAUGUUAUGGGACACCGCAGGUCAAGAAGAAUUUGAUGCAAUUACAAAAGCCUACUAUCGAGGGGCCCAGGCUUGUGUGCUUGUAUUUUCUACGACAGAUAGGGAAUCUUUUGAAGCAAUUUCCAGUUGGAGAGAGAAGGUUGUAGCUGAAGUUGGAGACAUACCAACCGUGCUUGUGCAAAACAAGAUUGACCUCUUGGAUGAUUCUUGUAUAAAGAAUGAGGAAGCUGAGGUGCUGGCCAAAAGGUUAAAGUUAAGAUUCUACAGAACAUCAGUGAAAGAAGAUCUAAAUGUGAAUGAAGUUUUUAAGUAUUUGGCUGAAAAAUAUCUUCAAAAACUCAAACAACAAAUAGCUGAGGAUCCAGAACUAAAGCAUUCAAGUAGUAACAAAAUUGGUGUCUUUAAUACAUCUGGUGGAAGUCACUCUGGUCAGAAUUCGAAUACUCUUAAUGGUGGAGAUGUCAUCAAUCUUAGACCCAACAAACAAAGGACCAAGAAAAACAGAAAUCCUUUUAGCAGCUGUAGCAUACUCUAAAGUGUUUUAGGCAGGAAAAAAACCUGAAUUAUAUUGUGCAAUUCAGAAAGAAACCCAUCCAGCUAUCAUGGUAUGUUACAAGUUUUUUAGCAGACUUUGAACCUAAUGACUCUCUGAACGUUGACAGACUUAAAAUAUUGCUCUGCAGUGCUUUUCAGAAUGUAGACUGAGACCUCUGGUGGAAAAAUUACUGCCCUGUGGACUCAUUUUAUUUUAUUUUUUUACAUUAGACAAAGCUUCUAUUUUUGAAAGGAAUGCUGUAAGUAAUGUCAAAAACAGGUUUUGCUGAAUUUUAAAUGCUGGAAAACAAUUGAAAUGCCUAAAUAUAUUGUACAGAUUUUAAUACUACGAAUUAAGGGGAAAUAGCAAGCAUUCUUUUUUUUUUGAAAAUGGUCAUCUAGGUUUCUGGAAAAUGGUAUCGAAUCUAAAUGCUUACAAAAAAUAAUACUGAAAGGUAAACUCUAAAUCUUGCCAGACUGCAUUAGUGUGUAUUUUGGCAAUGGUACUUGUGCAAUAUCUGUAUAAUGUAGAAUGUUGAGGUGCACAUGCAGAUAUCUGGUACUGGAGUAAACUGAAGAUAUGUGUAGUGUUUAAGAAAAUGUAGAUUCUAAUUAACUCAUUUGUAAACCAUUUACACAUUGUGUAUAUGCUUUUAUUUUCAAUUGAGAAAUUCCAGACAUAUAUUUUGCAAAACAAGCUUGGAUUUAAAAGUGCUUUGUGCCAAAAAUAUCAACCUAAUUUUUAUAGUGCUUUACUAUCUGAAUUUAUAUUGUUUAUAAUAUCUUUUAAAAGCAGUAAGCAGUUUUCCUCUCUGACAGGGUAGAUAAAACAGGAGUAUAAACAUUUUAAUUCUAGAACAAUUCCCAGGUGAGACUUGUGACAGGGUCUCUUAGGCACAGCUACCCGUGGACAUGGCGAGCUCCUGCUGUCAUAGGUCAGCCUACCCCUCAAAGACCCACAGCCCAUCUGCAGUCACUCAGGAGGUCCUGUGGAGGGUGGUGCAUCUAGCACCUUUGCUGCUGAGGACCCAACUUUGAACUGAUAUUGCUAGUCAUUUUUUAAAAUGCACAAAUGAUUAUUAGUCUUAAUCCAAAUUACAGAUUUUAUAAUGCCCUGCAGCUCUAAAGCAUCCCUUUGUUACACAUUUUUGUAUGGUAUUUUAAGAUUAUUGCUUACAAAUUUCUAUAACCUUCCGUUUAUAUAGCACUUUCUCAAGAACUCUGUCAGCACCACAUACAAAAUAAUUCCUUUUAAGAAAUGAUUUCAUGUAUCAGAGCAUAGAUGUUGUGACCUGGGACAGCAGCUUUUCCACUAAGAUAACUGCAUGAACUCUGUUGAAAUUGGUUAUCAUUCGUCAGUGGAUUUGUUUUUAACCUGCAAGUACCCCUUUCAAUAUAACCCGUUUUCAGGAUUUCAGAAUACGUAAAAAUAGCUUUUUUUGUGGGAAAUGUGUCAUGAAGUUAUUUUUUGAUCACUUGUACUAGAUAAUGUUUUAUGUAUUCCUCUUCCAUGUUUUAUUUUAUGUUUUUCAAGUCUUCCAUCUGUACCACCCUCACCCUCCUGCCCAAGUUAAUGCUGAGACCAUAAUAGAAUUUCCUGAGAUGUGCCCUUGUUAAGUGGUCAAGAGUAAAUAUUUACUUUUCAUAAUCUUGAAAUGAUUUGGCAUUAUUUGUUUCAAAGUAAUGUAAAACAUUUAUUUUCAUGUCACCAGUGGUCACCAGUCCCAUUGCUGGCAGUGGGAUAGGUAUUGGGGGCACAACUCAGGUCCUGAAAGUGGAUACAUGCUAGUGAUUCAUUUUUCUACUCUCUUUAAAUACAGUCUCUUUAAUUUUUGCACAAAACAUCUUUUGCAGUGAAUAGUCUUAAGGUCCUCAUUUGUUAGAUGUGUUGUAGUUCUAUUUCAUGUUAAUUAAAUGUGUGUUGGUAAAAGCAUGUUAUUUUCUAUUAAAAAAUGUAAUCUCUGAUGAUGGCUGAAGUUCUCCUAAUAUUUGUAAUAGAAUUUUUUGUCCUUUUUAAAAAUAAGAACUGAAGAGAGAACUGUUACACAUCUGAAUUUUUUAUUUGCACUGCUGUAUUUAAACCUAACCAUAUUAGUCAUUUUAAACUUAACCAUAUUAAUUAAUUUAAAAUAAUUAUGCAGGCCUGAAAGUCAAUAACAAAUGAUAAUUUCUGCAUUUCUAAAGCUUCAAAAUUGACAUUUUUUUUUCCUUUGAGACCCUUCUUUUAAAUAAAUUUGUUAUUAAUAUCUCAUGAAACCAUGUAUACGAAAGAAGUCGUUCAAGAUCCCAGGUUAUGGUACAUUUGUGCUCUAAUCUGCUUUUUUACAUUAUGGUUAAUUUUUGCAUAUAGAUAUACAGCUGUGGAAUAAUUGCCAUAUUUCCAGAUUUCUCAGGUUCCUCUUUCCUUUUCAGUCUCUGCCUAUGAAUUAAACAGUAUACAGAAUAGCCCAUAGAAGGCAAUAUAGUUAAAUAAAACCAGUUAAACGGUUUCCUUUUUAUCUGCCCAAAGUUGAUAGCACACAUGUACUUUUUCAAAAUAAAGCCAAGCUAACACUACCAAAAAAAUGAACGACUUUCUUCAUUGUGAAGUUUUAGAUGGUUGUUUGAGAAACAGCAGUGCAGUACUUAGAAAGAAUUCUAAGUGACAUGCUCCAUUGUACCUGUGACUUCAGGGACGGGACACUUUCUUAAGAUCUUAGAAUAAGGAGUGGCCUUAGGACCUAAUGUCCCAACUUAAAGUGUUGUACUCUUUUAAUGUAAGAUAUUGUUAAUUGUUAGCAUCUUUUUCAAAACUCUUGAAAUAGUUACUGGUAGCCGGCUGACAUGUCCCCAUUAAUGUAUCAUCAGUGUCUGUUUUUCUGAAAAACAAAAUGAACUGAUGAGGUGAACCACAUGACACCUACCUAAUGACCAGGUAGAUUUAUUCACUUUUAACUAUGUCAUGCUUUAGGUUUUCAUCUUUAACAUGGAAAUCUAUCAUACAAAUAAAUUUAAUUGCUAAUAGACUCGGAAAUAUCCAAUCGCCAAACUCCUGGGUAACUGGAUGAUUAGGCUCUCACUCUUUAGUAGGUAGUGCUCCUUCUCUUCUCUCUUGAAAUAUCUACAGUAGGAUGUUGGUAAAUGGCCUUUUAAGCAUAAAAACUUUGGAUUAAAAGGAAAACUGAACCCCUUCUAUAUUUUUGUUACUAAUAAUGUUUUUGUAAGUCUGAAUGGAAAACCACUUGUAUGUAUUGCUGUUGGGUUGCAGUUAUGCUCUCGAGUUUAAUUAAAAAUACACUACUUGAUGACAAUUUCAUGAAAGAUGAAUUCCAAUAAUCACAAAUAAAUGUAUUUCAAAGCUAGAAUGAUGUGUGCUGUGUAUGAUGUGUAUAAAUAGUGGUUUGAGGUAGAUAAUUAAAAGACUUCAUGACCCGGUUCA